GUGAUCUCAUCCACCACAGGGUUUGGUCGACACCCACACAGUUCUUUCCGAGCAGAGGACACACUAUUACCUUGAGGCUAAACUGUCUUCUGACGACCAUCCCCUGAUCCUAUCUGCAAACGUCACCCAAGAGCUGGGUAGGAAGACCAGCAUUUCUGCCACACUGAAGAACUUACUAAGUGAAGUGGCGUCCCUGUCAGUUGCUGUGGAGCGACGGUGGGACAGCAGCACCACGCAGUACUCCCUGGAGGCUGAGCUCCUCUUCCCUGGAGUGGUUGGAUGUAGGCUGCUGGGGCUGAUGGAGUCAAAGGGGGGAUCAUGGCACUCUGGGCUCAGACUGAAAUACAGUGUGGGAGCUGACGCCAGGCUUCUGCACCAGGAAUGCUACACGUCGCAGAAACUGAAAAGCGAAAGAGAUGCAAACCUCACAUACAUCAUGAGGGCUGAUCAUGAAUUCCACUGCACCAAUACUGAUCCCCUUAACCACCAGAUCCACUUCAGGCAUGAAGAAGGAUCCAGCCACCUUUAUACAGUCCUGGAUGUAAGCUAUGGCAAAAACUGGGAUGAUAGGAACAACAAACACAUAUUCUUCCUGAACCAGUCCUUCAAGAACCAGUCCAGUCCAAACCACACCAGUUACAUGGUGGAAUUCAAUCUACAAGUACCGGAAAAAAAUCUCAUUUGUAGAAUUCAACUUCUGCACUCUCACCUAAUGCAGCUUGGUUCUGAAAGUAGGACGCAUUUAAAAAUCAAUUACAACAACCAGAUACCACUAGUAGCUGAAUUACACUGGAAACAUUUAACUAAAGGUUUUCAGCAGACGAAAUGGGAAGCCAUCUUUAACAUGGAUACUCCCUGGGUGUACGUCUAUACCUCCCAUAAGCUGAGCCAGGUUCGCCGCCACACCCUGCAGCUCACAUCAGAGCUGAUGGCCAGCAAGUGGCUGAGCAUCCGUAACCUUAAAAUGAAGGGCUUUUACAGGUGCAGGAACAAAGACAAGGAGGUCAGACUUCUGCUCUACACACCAGCCACCACCUACCUUCAAGUAGGGGUGCAGAGUGCUGUGAGGAAGUGGCCUGUUGAGGCUUCUGUCUCCCUCAGCUCACUGUGGACUCUUCCCCUGAGAGGAAACAUCUCUCUGGAAAUGUCUAAAUUCAUCCGCGCUCUGCACAUUAGUGCUUCUUACGGCAAGCAAAACAUCAGCUUUGCUGCUGCUCUGGACUCUGUUAAUAAGAAGUUGAGAAAAAGACAGAUGACAUUGAGUAUGAGCUCAUCAAAACCAAGGAGUCCAACCACUGAAGUGGCAUUGAAGGUGUCAGUAGAGGAAAUAAGGAGGGACCAAAAGAUGUAUCAGAAGACUGCAGUGCUUCAGCUGAGGCAGCCUUUCCAGUCCUUCCCCCAGGACCUCCUUCUGCAAAACACCUUUACUGCUGACCUCCACAAAGACCACUAUAUCCUGGAGACUAAAGCUACUUUCAAUAAUACAGACAUUCUCCACACCCUGACUCUGGAAUACAAACCCUCAAACCUUUCUCUUUGCUCUGGACUGUUCCAUCCAUUCAGUCCAGACAUAAUUCCAUCAAACUCUACAGUCUGCAUUGCUAUCUCCAGCAACCAGACCCACAAAGACAUAAGUGGAAUUUUUCAAGUGAAAAAUAAGGAAAGACUGACUUUCUCUGGGGAAUUUCAGGAGAAACAUUUGCCUUUAAAUUAUCAAGCGCUUAAAGUUAAAGCAACUUUCACUCAGCAGCUUGAGCUGCAGCUGCCUUCAUCUGCUCUAAUGGAAGGAGACAUGUGUUGGGGCAUAAAAGACAAUGAUGAGUUUGACUAUCGAACCAGAGGACGUCUGAGAGUAGAACGACAGGAAUGCCAGCUCUUUGUGCAGAUAAAUGGGACAUCAGAUAGAGUUGACCUGCAUUCUUCUCUUAGUCAUCCCUUCAAGUCAAAGAUUCCAAAAGCUCUGCAGGUUAAGGCCUCUGCAGACAUUUCUGUACCUGGCAAAAUGAACAGCUCAGUUCAUAUGAGUGUUAAUGGAAAAGACAGAGUGAUUCUGGACUGCCUCAUGUCCCACUCAGUUCUAGAAGGAACCAGAAAUGCAGGACUUGAGCUCAACUUCACCCAGAGCGUAUUGCCAAUGGUCACCAACCUGUUUGCAAACAUAUCUGCCAAUCUGUCACUAGAAAGCAUCUUUCUGUGUGGCUCCUUUUCUUAUGGACCUAGGACUCUGCUGGCCCAAGUCAAAAGGUCUCUAAAAACAUCCAGAAGUCUGAGGCUGUCUCUGUCAGCAGACUUGAGGCACUCCAUGCCCAGCCGUAGCAUUCUGCCUACCAACCUGGAUGGAGCUGUAGGGCAAUCUCACUCCUUUACUGAAGGUGUGUCUGUCAGCAGCAGUGCCCUGCUGGAGUGGACCCUUGAUGUUGAUCGGUUAUUAGUCCUGGCAGAAUUGCAAGCAGGACCUGAACAUUUAAAAAUACAGUUUCUCAGAACCAGGACAGAUCACGUCACCCCUCGAUGGCAUUUCUCCUUUAAGUUGCUCCAACACGUCAAGGCUCUGCUUCAAAGAGGCUUGAUGAGCUCCUUUCAAGCGGACGCACAUUUCCAGUUUGCGGCACAGCAGCUGGACACAGGCUUGGUCCUUCUCAUGGAAAAUGAGAGAACAGCGAACAUCCUUUUUAAAGUUGAAGCAAAAAACAAAACAAUCAUUUGGGUGGUGUCUCUAUGGCAACAGAUGAAGCUGCUCCAGGGACUCAUCCCAACUUCUUCACAGCUGAACUGCUCAGGAGACACCACAGAGAAAAGACUGUCAACUCAAUGCUUUGGAAGUGUGGAAGGGCACCAUGUGGAGGCUCAGUUCUCCGUCCAGGGAAGCUUGCCUGAGGUUCAGUCCAGAGCUCGGCUGAGUGUUGCCGGACUUGAGGUGCUCACAUCUGGACUUAAUGUGAGCAGAGCUGAAGGAUACCUGGCUGCUCUCCUCUUCUAUUCUCCAUCGGCUUUCAAUGGGACAAAAACACAACAUAAAGUGGGUACAGUCCUCACUUCUCAGUUUGAAGGCCCUUUGAAAAGUGCUUCAAUAGAUGUAACCAGUCCAGACUGGAGGUUACAGAUGACUGGGGACAUCGGAGGAUGGGGAUUACAUGCAGGCAUUCAGGAAGCCAGAUUUACUCUGAGACAUUCUGUUCAUGGAGAGAAUAGCCCCUCCUUGCAGGUGGAGGCAUGGGGAAAAGUGACCGAGUCACAAGUAAGGUGCUCCAUGGUGGUAAACCCUGAACUAAGCUCCUCACUGGCAUUUGUAAUCCAGGGACACCGUGUACCUCAUAGUCAGGAGCUGGUGAUUAAGGUGGUCAACAAAGUCCCCAAAGUCAUGGCCUACCUGCCCUGUCGGUUCAGCUUCCGGUCCCAGCUGAACCAGACUCAGUCCAGCACAGAGGCUUUGCUGGAGGUUUCAACAGGCCGGAGGAGGCUGUGGGCUCUGGGGGAGCUGGAGGUCAUCAGAGGUGGUUUCAGACAGACUGUAGAGGUGAAACAUUCGUGUCCACAGCUGAAGCCACUUCCCAGGACCAUCACAUUUCAGACGUUGUAUAAAACAAAGGACUGGAACUACCAUCUUCAGCAAGCAGCUGUGUGGGGAAAACAAGAGUUCAGCUUGUUUGGCUUGUAUGCUGCUCCUCCAGAAUCCAAGCUGGAGAACCAGACCCUGGAAGUGCAUAUCAGAGGCCUUUCCCUGUUGACCAACCUGGAUGUGAAAAUGGAGCGCUCCUUACAUGGAAGGUUAGACAGCGUUUUACUGGGCUGGAUGAGGCGAGGACAGCUAAAGCAGGUCAGAGCUCUCAGAACCUGGAGUCACUCUGAGGAGAGAAACGAGACCAAGGUGGAGCUCGAACAGCCCUUCUCCCCCGCGCCGGGUCAACUGUCCCUGCAAAGUCUUUCCUGCAGCUCACAGAGAGAACAGCACAGCAGCCACCAGACCCAUCUGUCGUGGGAAGGAGUUGUCCCUCUCAACGUUUCUCUCAGCCUUGAUAAACAGUGGGGGGCCGACACCAGCAGGGGGCAGGUGUGUGCAGGGAUGUCAGCACAAAAGAUGUCCACCGUGAAAGGCUGCGUAACUCUAAGCCAGGAGGGAAACUCGUACUCACAGAAUGUAGAGCUGAAAUGGGACAAUAAGAGUGUGAUGCAAAGUGCAACGUACCAGAAAGACCUGCAGGGCGUCCACAGCCUUCAGGUCCAUGUGGAUCUGGACAGAGUGCUUCUUGGUUCAUGUCCUUCACAAACUUUUACGGUCAAAGUUCAAACUAACCUGGAGGAUCAUUUGGAGCACACAGUGCUGCUGGGCUGGUGCCCCCCUCAGCCUGUUUUGUCAUGGUCGGGAUCUCACGGAAUAACCUCAGGGGUUGGUCGCCCGUACCAAAGCAGCUUCACCUUCGCCCUUUUCAACUCCUCCAGUGUUUUAGGGGCCGACGUGCCACGGUUCACUGAGAUGGGUAAUUGGAGCCUCAGGUGGGAGGGCGGUGUUCUGUCUCAGCCUCUUGGGUCAGGCCUCCAGAUUCAGGUCGUUCUGGAUCACAGAGAGAAGAUUUGGCUGAACUGGACUCUUGAGGGGCAGUGUCUUCAGACCUCCGCUGGCUAUAUGAGUGGUCCAGGCCUCAGCGAGGAUCUCACCAUAUCCAUGUGUGUGGAAGCACAACGCAGUUUGAUCAUAAACGUCAAGACACAAGAUGACACAUCUGAACCUCUGGGACACUUGUUUCUGGGAGAAGCGGACAGGAAGCUUGUCCUAAGAAUGAGUGGCAGUAUGGACAGUUUAAGGGCUGCAGAGGUAACUACAGAACAGCUGCAAUUUGAUCUAGCUGUUUUUAACAGUUUGCUUUGUUUCUCUAACCAGGAGCGUCUCCAUUAUGGGAGCUCACACAUCCGCCAGAAGCUCAGAGAGCAAAUAAAGACAUUACAGCAUCUCCUUGCUGAAUUCAAAACACAGUUCAGAGACAGUGAGCUGCUGCAGGAGUUGAGCUCUAGACCUCUUCAGAUUUCCCAGCGUGCCACCGUUCUGCUGGAACAAGGAAGUGGGGGUUUGCUGGCUUUGUGGCACAGAAGCUCCCUACGCCACUCCCUGACUGACACCAUCCCCCGCCUCAUCAAUCUGCUGCAGCAUUUCUUUUUGCUGGGACAGCAGGAACUGAAAAGGCCACUGGCAACGCUGGCAGGUGUGUACCAUGAUGUGAAGGGCCAACGAUUGGAGGAGAUGUGGAGUGAAGCAGUACUGAGUUGGAUUAACAAGAUGGAGGAUCUCCUGGCAGUUCUGCGGGAAAACCACCAACCGAGAGCAUUUUCACCUGCUGGAGUCGCUCUGAUCAGAGCUGUGUUGGAUGUGGCGGGCCAAAAUACCUACAGUUGGAUUGAAAACAGGCUUGCCACGGCUCUGUCUGGAGUCAGGAAACAACUCGCUUCUUUGUAUAAAGUCUCCCCCAGAGAAUGUGCAGUGACUGUUGCCAUGCCGAUACCACAUCUUGCCUCAUCCAAGCUGUCUGAGUCGGGGCCUAUAAGGAUUCUUCUGGAAGAGUGGCUCCUUAGGCCCCUGCAGGCCUUCUCCUCGAUGAGACCCACUGCUGUACUUUAUCGCCUCAAAAGAAAAAUUAUGGAAAGCCCUUUCAUACACCAAGCCCUGCUGGUGGCAAACCAGUUUGUGGUGACUUUUGACGGUCAUGUGUUUGAGCUGCCUGGCUCGUGCCUCUUGCUCCUCGCCCAGGAUUCCCGCCUUAUCCAUCCAUCAUUCACACUGCUGAUCAGUGCAGAUCCAGAGAGUCUUCUCCUUAUACACACGAACAACCACACCAUCCACAUUCACCGCAAUGGCCAGGUGAAGGUGGACUGCAGUAAAUCCGUGACACGCAGCUUCUACAGUGAUGAUGGACUGACUGUGAUGAGAGGCUCAAACACCAUACAGGUGUCCAGUCAGAAUGGAGCAUCAGUUUCCUGUGAUGUGGGCCUUGAAGUGUGCAGCUUCACUCUGGAUGGGCGGUUACAUGGUGCAUCCACUGGUUUGUUUGGAACCAACGAUAAUGAGGCAGGCAACGAUUUUCCAUUGCGUAACGGAUCACAAGCUAAAUCAAUGGAGGACUUCUUUCACAGUUGGGAGUUGAGGCCAAAAUGUGGCAAAGCUCCAAAGAUUUCUGCAGUGCUGACCAGCCCCGUGAGCUGUGACUCUCUGUUCUCUUCUCCAUCUUCACCACUGAGUGCCUGUUUUAGAGUGGUGAAUCCUGGUCCGUUCUUGCUGGUGUGUGAGUCUGGGUCUUUCGAAGCCCCCUGCAGAUUAGCAUCUGCUUUUGUUCAUCUCUGCAAGCGUAACUACAUACCACUGGAGGUCCCAUUUCAGUGCAUCAAAACGUGAAAGAAGAACAAACAAAUGACGAGAGACAACCUACAUAACUGCUUGAUAAAAUAUACCUCAUAGAUCUCGCUUUUACUAGUUGCUUAUUAGAAAUUCAACAGGUGAAUCAUUUUUCUGUUGAAUUCAGCUGUAACAAUGUGGUUAUAAGCAAAAGUGUGUCCACUGAACUUGGAUCAAAAACACUCAAAGAGAAAUAAUGUUAUCACCAGUAUUGAAAUGAUUUACACUGUACAGAAAAAUACACUUUCUUAUUCAGUGUUGUAUCUUUCUGGGUUGUGAAAUACACAAAACUGCUGGAAUUUUUGAAUGUCAAGUCCGUCUUUCCUGUAAAGUUUCUAUCAAACUAUUAUCAUUAAAGUUCAGAUGAGCAAGUGUGA